GGAGGGGGGAAGGGUUAAGGGGGCAGGUGCGUCAAUAACGAAAAAUAAUGCAAGCAAGAUUCAAGCUGGACACAUAUACGAACCCCCGCAGCAGACAGAUGGGUUGAGUAUUUCAAUAAAGAGUCUUGUAGGACAAGGGCAAAGACGAAUCAUAAAUCCUUUGCAACUGGAUGUGGUAAUCUCGGAAGUAAACAGUAUGCAAAUAUCGUAUUCAAGGCCAUCUGCUUUGUGAAUCACAGCAUUCCACCCCAAUGAAAAGCGGGAUCACACCGUGCAUGGCGUUAGACCUGGUAACAAAGACAAGGAGAGACUUCAUCUUCUGCUUAACAAGUUAAGACAUUGCCAAAAGAUGGAUGACCACAUAAAUACUCAGCCGCUUCUGCAGUGUGAAACUGAAAGUGAUUUUGACGACGAUGAUCUAGGAAUUUCUCCCCCAUCAUAUGAAGUUGAUGACCCAAUUGUCGUAACAAAAGACACAAAGCCAUUGUUCAAGCAAAGGGAUCCACAGGACAGAUAUAGUAUUGCAUACAUCAUAUUUUACUUUCUGGGAAUGACCACACUUCUACCAUGGAAUUUUUUCAUCACUGCUGAUGAUUAUUGGAUGUACAAAUUUCGUGAUGUUAACUCAUCUGUAACAGUCACUAUGCUUGGAAAUUCGUCAGACGUAAUCAGUCGUACUCCUCUUCAAAAGAGCUUCACAGCAUAUCUCAGCGUAGCUUCAAAUGUUCCAAGCACUAUAUUUUUGAUUUUGAACUCUGCUUUUGCCCACAAGAUUUCUAUUCACUCACGCAUGCUGGGGUCAUUUGUAGUUAUAUUGUGUUUAUUUGUCAUCACAACUGUUUUCGUCCAUGUCGACACUGACGCAUAUCAAUAUGAUUUUUUUUAUGUCACCAUGGCAAUAGUCAUUGUUCUGAACAUGGCAAGUGCUGUCCUGACUGGAGGAUUGUUUGGCAUGCUGGGAAAAUUUUCAACUGCAUACAUUUCUGCUGCAAGUAGUGGACAAUCCCUAGGAGGCGUUUUUGCAGCCCUUGCAGAAAUUCUCUCCCUAUGGCUGGGUGCUUCACCACAACUGAGCGCAUUUGUUUAUUUCAUGGUUGCAAAUGUUUUCCUUGUUUUAUCUAUUGUGUGUUAUUUGGUUCUCAUUCGAGCGGUUUUCUUCAAAUAUCACAUGGAGCCUAAACCUCAACUGUCAGUACAGUAUGAACCAGGGUGUUUACCCUCAGAGGAAAUAAAUCUUAAUUCCCUGUCUUACAAAAGAGUAUUGAGUAAGGUAUGGAUCUACGGUCUAGCAGUUUGGAUGGCUUUCCUUGUUUCUCUUUCAUUCUACCCAGCAAUAACUGUUCUUGUAGAAUCUAAGAACAAAGGGCAUGGGAAUAUAUGGAAUGACAAAUACUUUGUGCCAGUAGUUGCAUACUUGAUAUUUAGCAUAUUUGAUUAUCUUGGACGAGUAUUAGCUGGAUGGCUCCUUUUGCCAAAGCAGAAUGCUCGUGCGCUGCUUCUCAUGUCAGCUGCACGAGUAAUCUUUGUUCCUUUGCUGCUGUAUUGUAAUGCUCAACCAAGGCAACAUUUACCCGUCUUGAUUCAUGAAGAUGCAAUCUACAUCUUAAUUGUAGUCCUCUUUGGUUUCACAAAUGGUUAUCUAGUAAAUAUCACCAUGAUGAGUGCACCUAAGGCAUGUGAGCAUCAUGAACAAGAGAUGGCUGCAAUGAUCAUGUCAGCUUUUCUUGGUGUGGGUCUAUCAUGUGGGGCUCUACUUAGCAUGGCAAUUGUAUCUCUUAUAUGAGAAUUAAGACUGUCAUAGAAUUAUAUGGCUUGGUAUCUGGGUAUGUAAACAUAAUUAUCUAUGUUCUUGUCUAUCCAACCCAAAAGUUGGGCCCUAUUUUAUACCAGUUGUUUGCAGUAUUUUUUGUCCUUAACAUUUCUCCUCUACUUAUUGAAAGGUGGUUCUUAUAAUCAAGUUUCAUACACAUGUACUUGUACUGUUGGAUCUAGUUACCCAUUCUCUGAGGUGAAACUCUGUCUAUGAAUUUCUUGCUGACUGAUGUGUUCAGUUGUCUCAAGAUGCUUAGGGUUUCUCUUGUUGAUCUUUGAUUUUUAUGUUGCUUUAUUCAGAUAAUUUUGACUAAUCUGUUGGAGAUUCCUGUGUUAUACAAAAACAAAAGUGUGAAGAAUGCCUUUGAAUGUGCCAGAGGAACCUGUGAUCAUAUAUUAAUUAUGCUGAUGCUUUGUUAAAAAUGCCAUAUUGUAAUGUUUUUAUAAUGUAACUGAGCAGAUUUCUGUUAUAUGUUUUAUGCCUAUGACUGUAUGUAAUCGCUAGAGCUAUGUGUGACUCUCCAUACUAUUCAUUCCCCAAUACAACACAUUUGUAUUGGUAGUUAUCCAUGUUAUGCAAAGGGAAAUAUUUGCAUAUAAUUUGUGUGUAAUCUUAUUGUAAGUGUGAAUGUAUAUCCUGAUCUCAAUGAGAACAAGUUGGAUAUCAACUUAUUACGUACUAUUCAGUCCCAGUCCCUUUUAUCUCUGGCUUUUGGGAACAUGUUAUGAAAUGCAUGUAUCAUAAGUGUAUUGUGAUUUAAAUGUUAAGAUUUGUAAUCAAUUUUUAUGGGCUGGUCCUUGAUGAUUAAAGCAAUAACCAGCUUAAGAAUAA